ACUAGCAUCGGUUUCGCUUUCGUUUCCUUUUAAAUGCCUCAAACCAUCGACCAAACCCAAGAAACAGUGAAAUCCACUCACUGUCGUUGACGGCAUCUACGAAAAUGUAUAUCGUUUCUAGACACAUAUAUAACUUCGUUUGCAAACAAGAAGGCAGCUCGGAUUAUGGUAAAGUGGAGAUUAAUCUGCGGAAGAGUUUCACGGUGGCGGAUCAGGUUUUGUCUCAGGUGCUCGAUGAUAACCAGAAAUUUGUUAUAGUUCAUAAUGAUGAAAACCCGAAUCCCAGAAGCUCCAUACCAGCUGCCGACAGCCUAAUCCUGGCCAAAACCUCACUGCGAGUGUGUAAACACGACAAAUGUUCCGGGUGUGAAGACCUACACCUGUGCAGGUACUUUGUGUGCGGGAGCUGCAGAUUUGAGGGAAAAUGCAAGAAUUCUCAUGACUUGAAAUCCGCACAUAAUUCUGACCUCCUGAAGAAAAAUGAUCUCCUUGAGCUUACGAGUGAAGAGUUGUUACAGCUUCUGCUUCAAAAUGACACUUCUUUACUUCCAGAGGUGUGCUUUCACUACAACAAAGGGAACGGUGAUUUUGGCAGUUGUAAAUAUAAGACGUCCUGUACCAACCUGCACCUCUGCCAGCACUUCCUGCAGGAAGACUGUAAGUUCGGAGCGGCUUGCAAAAGAGCCCACAAAUUCGAUGCGAAUGCUCUGAAAAUCCUGAGUGCCCGUGGGCUCAGUGUGGAGAACAUGCGCAGACUCCUCAAGCUUUACAAGAACAGGUUAUUGAUUGCUUCUGCAGCUUUCAAGAGGAAAGAAACAGUGGCUGUACCUGCAGUGAAAGGACGCACCAGACACAAGUCUGGUAACUCUGUCAGUGAAGCGGACCACAAUGAAAUCUGCCUCUUUUUCAUACGCACUGGAUGCAGUUUUAAAGACAAGUGUGCCCGUGUUCACCACAAUCUACCUUACAAAUGGCAGAUCUCACAGAAAGAUGGAACUACAUGGAGUGACUUGCCAAAUGAAGAGGAGAUUGAGAAGGCAUACUGCAGUCCUGCUAAUGUUUUGUGCAUUACCGAUAGCAGCACGGGGCACAUGGUGGUGGACUUCAUGUCAAUGACAUGUGGAGUAUCAGAUGUCCGUCGUCUGUCCACAGCAUCUUCUGUUACUAAACCACCACACUUCAUUCUCACCACUGAAUGGAUCUGGUUCUGGAGGAAUGACAAGGGAGGCUGGACGGAGUAUGGCAAAGGGGAGGAUGCAAAACUCAUGGCGUCGGUCACUUCAGAAGACCUGGAGAAACUCUACCUGGCGGACAGUGAAAAGGAAGUCUCUUUCACGUCAGAGAACCAUCAGUAUGUGCUCAAAUUUAAAGAGAUGUGCCAACAAAAUCUGAAGUACAAAACUGAGAGAGAUGUUAGAAGGAGACCACGUUUUGUGUCUGAUCAAGAUGUCAAGAGUAAAAUCAAGGGAAGUGAUUCUUCAGAAAGCUCAGCAUCUUCUUCUGCAGAUGUUCCUUCUUAUUGGGACAAAGGAGCUCCUGAUAGCGGCACCUACAAGAUUGUUUCACUGAAAAAAACUUGCAAGGAGUACGUGAGAGUGAGCUCAAUGUUUAAUAGAACGCUGCCUGGAAGUGUCAUUCACCGUAUUGACAGAGUGCAGAAUCCUUCUCUCUGGAAAGUCUUUGAGUGGCAAAAAGAGCAAAUGAACUUGAAGAGUGGAGGAAGUGUAGUGGACCAGCGAUACCUUUUCCAUGGUACAGAUGAAUCUCACAUGGACGCCAUUUGUGAUCAAAACUUUGAUUGGAGGAUUUGUGGAAGUAACGGGACACUUUAUGGGAAAGGCAGCUAUUUUGCCAGAGAUGCUUCAUACUCGGACAAAUACGCCAGAUCCAGGAAUGGAAAGACCAAGAAGAUGUUCAUGGCGCUGGUGCUGGUCGGAGACUUCAUUAGGGGUAACAGUAGUUUGGUUCGUCCACCACAAAAACCACACUGCCACAAUGCGAGAUUUUACGACAGCUGUGUCGACAAUGAGGCUAACCCGGCCAUUUUUGUUGUGUUUGAGAAAUUUCAGAUCUAUCCUGAGUACAUCAUUGAAUACUCCUGAUUUGUGCUGUGUCAAAUUAUGUUUGGAUGUAUUUGACGCACUCAAACAUUCUAAGCAGAUAUACUUAUUUCUCAAAAUCCUUCUGUAACAUCGCUAAACAUAACCAAAAUCUACAACUUUAGGGCAUUUAAGCUUCUUUUUUAGUGAAUGCAUAUGGGAUAUUACAUAGUAGAUAGUGAGUAAAUUUAUUAAAUUUUGGUCUCCAUUCAAUCCUCUCUGUGUGAUAGAAAUGGCAAAUUGGUAAAUACUAAAUAUCCAAAUUUUAUUGUGAUUUAUUAUGUGUCGUUUUCCAUAUUGACUUUUGUGCUGAGAGAAAAAAGAGUUUAACCAGUUGCUUUCAACCAACACACAGUUUUUGGUUGCACUAGAUUAUAAAAACGUGAGAACUAAAUGGUUUAGUUCAGUGUUUCUCAUCCACGUUGCUGGAGAACCACCAGCUCUGCACGUUUUCCACAUCUCCUUAACCAAACACACCUGAUUCAGAUUCAAACCCACCUAAUUCAGAUUUAAACACACCUUGUUUAGCUCAUUAUCAGAGACUAAAAGACCUGUAAUGAGUGUGACAAAGGAGACAUCCAAAAUAUACAGUGGUAGUGGUCUUCCAGAAAUGUGGUUAAGAAACACUGGUUUAGUCAAUUGAAUAUUCACUCCGCAUUACUCAUAACCGUUCUAUUUAGAUUAUGAUGUAUUUCAUGUUUAAUGAUGGGGAUGGAAUUAAAGUACUGAUUCUGUUCUGUUCAA